CUCCAAACAAUCAAUCAUACUACUGCUGCUGUUGCUGCUGCUGCAUGCAACGACAUGUUGGGACUGUACUAGCUGGGAUCUUACCUACUUGGUUGAGGUCUGGCUAGCUGUGCGCGUCUUCGGAUUCGUCGUCCUUCUAGCUCCCCUGUCAAUGCUUGCGACUGUCUCGCCCAUCUUUCCGUCAUCCUCUUUCCUUGCCUCUAACCCCAACAUCUACUUAGCUCCAAUUAUUUUAUAUUCACCACUGCGUUGCGAUGGCUUACUACGAUGACUCUGCGGGCGACGCCCAGCCCUUCGGAAGACCUCCCAAAUCCUAUGAAGGUGGCAUCGUAGGACCGCGACGACCAAGACUGGUGACCGACUAUGGCUCAUCGCUAAUACAUUGGAUGCGCACGCGACAACCGCGAUACAAAGGAGGUCAUCGCAUGGAGGUCGAAAGACCCAGUGCGAGCUAUGUUGUCGAUAUGCUACCACCUCUCGCCCGAGUCCACAAACCUGUCGACACAAUCCCGGUUCGACACUUGCACCAAUCGAUUGGAAAGUCGAAGAAGCCGAUCACAGUCGUAAGAUGGACACCCGAAGGAAGGCGUUUGUUGACUGGUGGACAUACGGGAGAGUUUAUGUUGUGGAACGGAACCGCUUUCAAUUUCGAAACGGUCAUGGACGCACACUACGAUCAACUACAAGCGGGCGUCACCUCGUUGGCAUGGUCUCACAGUCAUGACUGGUUGAUCUCGGGUGGACAGAAGGGUGACGUGAAAUAUUGGCGGCCCAAUUUCAACAACGUCGAGACGAUCGAUGAUGCACACCAUGACGCCGUACGAGAUCUAGCGUGGUCUCCUAGCGAUACCAAAUUCCUUUCGGCAUCCGACGACACCACUCUGAAGAUUUUCGAUUUCACCGCCCGGACUUGCGAUACAGUCUUGACGGGGCACAACUGGGAUGUCAAGUCAUGCGAUUGGCACCCGACAAAGGGACUUCUGGUUUCCGGUUCCAAAGACCACCAGGUCAAGUUCUGGGAUCCUCGGACGGCAAGAUGCUUGACGACCCUCCAUAGCCACAAAAACACCGUCACCACCACACGGUUCUCGCGCGUAAAUAGCAACCUGCUUGCCACUUCCUCCCGCGACCAGACGGCCAGAGUCUUUGACCUGCGGAUGAUGCGGGAUAUCUGCAUCUUGCGGGGUCAUGAAAAGCCAAUCUCCUCUCUUACGUGGCAUCCUAUUCACAGCUCCCUGAUAUCCACCGGUAGCGAAGACGGAUCGUUGUACCAUUACCUACUCGACGAGCCCAAUCUGCCAUCGGGACAGAUUCCUACGAUCGCUCCAUACGACAGCCCUGAUCCGGCAAACACGCCUGCCCAAGUUAUAUACCCGGCUCAUCGGGUACAGUACGCGCAUGGAGCCACCAUCUGGUCGCUCGAUUGGCACCCUCUGGGUCAUAUUCUUGCUUCGGGAUCAAAAGAUAAUUUCACCCGGUUCUGGUCUCGGGCUAGGCCUGGAGAAACUAGUUACAUGAAAGACAGGUUUCAUAUCGGAGAAGAGGCGGCGGAGGCUCAAGGAACAUGGAGUCGCGGAUUUGGCAGACGCCAAAUGCGUGAAGAGGAGGAACAAGAGUUACAGGAUGAAGCCGAGGGCCUGAUUGAUCAGAAGAAAUCUUCCGGGCCCGGCCUUCCUGGAAUCCAGGCGCAACCCGGCGGUGCGCCCCAGCAGGACGGGUUUGGCUCUUUGUUGCCGGGUAUCGGUGCUCCUCAGCCCCUACCACAACCCGGAUAUCCUGCAUCCAUGCCUCCAAUGGACCCUACCCGCCUAGCGGCAUACCUAUCUACCCAGCCACCGCCCCAGCCGAACAAUUUCCCCUCAACAACUGGCUUCGCCGGUUACCCAAUGCACCCCGCCAUGUCAGGACCUCCGCCAUCGAAUGCCGAUCUUGCGGAGCUUCAGAAGCAGCUCUUCUCCCAAGGUAUCUCCAUACCACCCAACUUCCCUCCACUAAAUCCUGGUGGCAUGCCUGGAGGUCUGCCCGGACUGGGUGGGGCCGGUGUACCCGACAAUGGGUACGGGAGAUAAAUCUUCGGAGUUUGUAAAUUUGUGUUGUUGCCUAGAGCCUCGGCGUCAUAGGCUGUAUUCUAGUUGGUGACCCGGACACUUGUUGCGCAAAGGUCCUAGUCUGUGAUCCUUGAAGAAAAGGAUGGACUCGGAUACAUAACCCGGCAUAACUGCAUAUCCGGAAUGCAUAUCCUACAAAGGAUUCGUGGUGGGUUUGUACUUGAUGAAUGGCAUGAACGAUUAGUUUACCCUCGAUUUGUUCUCUUCAUAGACCGCCUGGCAUCGGGAAACUCGAUAAUAUGAGGACC